AUGGUGUUUGAUGUGGAGUCGUUUGAGAAGUUUCCAUGGGAGUGUAGGAAGGCAUGUGAAAGCCUUGUUGAAUCUAUCAAGGUAGCUGAUUACAAUGGAGAUUCUUAUUUGAUUGGUGGAUUCGUUCAUGUUCUUCAAAUAUGGUUGUAUGAGUCGGUUACUACUGUUGGAGAACGCUUUGGGCGUAAGAUAUUCUAUCAUGAUGUGAUGGUCGCCAGGAUCAGACAUAUAACUUUGAAGCCUGGGGGAUGUUAA